UUCCGGCAACAAGGAAGCUUACUGGAGAGCCACGUCAGUUUCAAGAAUUAGGAUAUUCUCAAGGCAAAAAUUGGUUAAUAGAAGGCGUAAUUAAGAAGAUAUCAACACCAUUAAAAAUGGCAUCAAACGACAUAGGAGAUUGGUAUCGAAGUAUACCGCCAAUAACUAAAUAUUGGUUUACAGGAUCCAUUAUUUUGCCACUGGCUGGCAGAAUCGGUUUGUUAUCACCGAUGUGGAUGAUCCUGCAUUUUGAAUCAUUUAUUUACAAAUUUCAGUUCUGGAGACCACUAACAGCUGUGUUGUUUUAUCCAAUUGCUGGUCCUAAAGGAUUUCAUUACCUCAUCAACCUCUAUUUCUUGUACUCAUACUCAACUAGAUUAGAAACAGGAAUAUUUGAUGGUCGUCCAGCAGAUUAUGUUUUCAUGCUGGCAUUCAACUUAAUAUGUUUAACUAUUUUAGGAUUUGUAACAGAAUUAAUGUUGUUGAUGGAUCCUAUGAUAUUAAGUGUUCUAUACGUGUGGUGUCAACUGAAUAAAGAUCAAAUUGUCUCCUUCUGGUUUGGAACAAGAUUUAAGGCUAUGUAUCUACCAUGGGUACUUCUGGCUUUCAACAUGGUCAUAGGACAAGGAGGAUUACAAGAAUUAUUAGGAAUUGUCGUCGGCCAUCUUUAUUUCUUCCUUAUGUUUAAAUAUCCACAAGAUUUUGGUGGAGCCAGACUCAUCAAUGUUCCUGAAUUUUUAUAUAAAUAUUUCCCAAAUCGUAGAGGCGGUAUGGGUGGAUUUGGUACAGCACCAUCUAGCAGGCGCCAGCAGGAUGGUAACAAUGACAACCGGCGCCAUGCAUGGGGUCAAGGAAACCCCCUGGGAAAUGAUUAAUUUAUUGUAUAUAUAUAUAAAAGAGAAGUGAAUGAGUGGGUGAAACAUAAGAUAUAUAUUUUGUGAUUAGUUUGUUUAUUUGUUCUUGAAAGGUAAAGCCCGGUUUCCAUGUGCACGUUUUUUCACCGGUUUCAUGGAAACAGUCCCAUUGCACCAACUUUUUCGCAAACGAAAAAUGUGCAUAUGGAGAACGAGCUAAACAACUUCAAAUAAUUCUUCUUCUCCUUCUUAAAUAAUUAACUGACUGUGGAUAUUUUGAAAGAUCUCCCUCAUGGGCAAGGAUAUCACAGAAUUAAUUCUGAGAAUAACAUCAGGAUUCCUGUUUCAGGACGGACAUUGAAAUAGACCAGUUAGGGAAAAUUUCUUGUCAGUCAUUUUACAGAAUUAAACCCUAAAAUACAGUAAAUACGAUUCAAUUUAUAAUAUUCAUGUGUAAAAAAGUCCACUAUGGCCCUUCGUUUAUUUGACGUUGGGCAAAAGAGAGAGAGAGAAAUGGGGUUUAAGGUCAACUCUACACAAACUAGGUCAUUUCGGGACUAACAUAUGGUUUAAUUUUAUUUCAAUAAUUCACUUGCGUGUAGGGGUCUUUAGCAGUGGGAGGAAACCGGAGGACCCAGAGAAAACCCACGAGGUUGGACAGGCGACCCUAAUCCUUGUCACGUACAACCAGGGAUUUUGACGUUGGGCAAGAAACAUGUCUUGUAAUUGUGAUCUUAUAUUGUUAAUUUGUUAAUGGACGCUGUCAUUGUUUUUUUGUUUGGUUAUUAGGUCUUUUGGAUCGGGGGGGAGGCGGGGAGAUUUGACUAUCCAGUACAUCAUUAUGUAGCCUACAAACUUUUAAGAUUAAUAACUUUGUCAACUUCUCAUAGGGGAUACUUUAUUGUAUGUUCUGGAAUUGUGCACAUAAAAGAUCCCUUGACAGUUGGAAUUCGAUUAUAAGAGUAGGUCGUAGUGCCGCUGUCCGGGCAAAAUUUCCCUCAUAACACACUGUAUACCGUAUGUCCGUUUUAUUAGCCCAUUCAGACCAGAACAGUGGGACGUUAAACUCUAGUUCAUAAAAUGUGAUAACUACUGUAUUAGGUGUAAACCAUUUGCUCUAAACAUAUUGGCGAAAUAUCAUCUUUUCUUCGCAUAAAAUAUUUGGCGUUACGUUUGAUAAUAAGACAAAGGCCGAGAUUAAGUGAUAAAAUAUACUUAGCCCAGUUCGGAGCAAAACAGUAGGAUCUUAAACCCCAUUUCAUUUCAUUUAUGUUCUUGAAUUGGGUUCUCUCAAUCCCAAGCUAAGUUACAAUCAAGUCAAAAUGGGGAUUUUUGGCAGCAAUGCAUGUGCUGGUUGAAUAAGAAAAUAUCUGAUAUAAAUAACUAUUUAGUCCCAGUAUCAAAACAAAACCAUAUCACUUACAAUUGUUAUUGACCUUUGACACCCUGUCAUGUUGAAUUGUAGAGUUGAUCAUAUUUUGUUAUUAUUAUGAGUAUAUUCAUUGUCAAAUAAUUCAUUGUAUAUUGUAAAUUAAUCUGUCAUCUUGUAUGUCAUAAUAUCAUGUUUUUAUUUCUGGCUUUUCAUAUGUUGCUACAUGUUUUUCAUAUGUAGAUACAUGGUUUUCAUAAGUAUGUGUUUUUGAUGGUUUUCAUGUGUUGCAACGUGGUUUUCAUGUGGUGCAACUUGUUGCCAUAUUGUUUUCAUAUGUUGCUACAUGUUUUUCAUAUGUAGAUACAUGGUUUUCAUAAGUAUGUGUUUUUGAUGGUUUUCAUGUGUUGCAACGUGGUUUUCAUGUGGUGCAACUUGUUGCCAUAUUGUUUUCAUAUGUAGAUGCAUGGUUUUCAUGUGGUGUAACAUGGUUUUCAUGUGGUGCAACAUGGUUUUCAUGUGGUGCAACAUGGUUUUUAUGCGUUGUCAUAUGGUUUCCAUUUGUGCCAUAUGGUUUUCAUUGUUUUUCUGUGUUGCAACAUGGUGUUUCUAUGUUGCAACAUGGUUUUUCUGUGUUGCAACAUGUUUGACAUAUAUAGAUAUAUGGUUGUCAUAUGUAGAUAUAUGCUUUAUUUUAAUUCAUCAUAUCUUUGUAAAUACUUAAUGGAAUGGAAUCAUUUUUUUUGACAAAAAGAUUGUAGUUUUCAUGGGAUUCAAAAUCCCUCCUAUGACGAUCAGAGACGAUCAGGUAGGGUAAUAUUAAUGGGACUAUUCCCAAUCUUAUGUAAUAUCUUGCCAACAGUAAUUUUAUGUUAUACUGUUGAAAGCUUUGUAUAGAAUCGUGUUAAAAUCAUUUUGUUGAUACAGAAUAAUCCAAUAAAUAUUAUAAAUUAUCAA